AUGAUGUUGAAAGAACAUUUAUCAAUUAUUAUGAUUAUUUAUUUAAUAAUAUUCAUUGAAAUGAAGAAAGUUUUCGCUACAUCAUUGUGUUAUGAUCAAUCUAAUAGAAUUUCUGAAAUUUUUAAUACAAACAAAUGUAAUCAAGAACAUUUAAUACGAACAAAGAAGGAAAUUCGACUAAGUCCGGCAAAAAUAAUCGAACCUCCAAGUAAUGUAAAAGUAAUUAGCGGUGAAACUGCUCUAUUCUUCUGUCGAGUAAAUGGAAAUCCAACUCCCACAGUAAAUUUUCUUCUUGAUCGUCAAGUAAGCCGACCAGCACCUGGUGUAGGUGGCGUUUUGAAUAUUCCAGAUGGGAGUUUAUUGCGUUUAACUAAAGUACAUCGAGGACAAAAUGGAUUACAAGUUCAAUGUAUAACACGUAAUCAUGUUGGAGGUGAUAGUGCGUCAGCUUAUUUAACAGUUUAUGAUACUAAUGAUCGUAUACCUGAUGGUUAUCCAAUUAUACAUGUACCACCAAAAGCUAGUUCUGCAUCUGUUGGUGAUGUGGCCAGAAUGGAUUGUGAAGUAUCUGGUCAUCCACAGCCUACAGUCGUUUGGUUAAAAAAUGAAAUUCCUAUUCAAACAACCGAUAAACGUAUUACAUUUGUUGGGACUGGUUCAAUAUUAUUUGAACAUCUAUUAUUAUCAGAUGAAGGACAUUAUGAAUGUUUAGUUACUAAUCAAGCUGGAUCAGUAUUAAGUUCAAAAGCUUAUUUAAGAGUUAAAAAUACUUAUUUUGUACCCAAAAUAAUUGAUAAAAUUGAUCAAAUUGGAGUACGUUAUGGACAUAAUGCAAAUUUAACUUGUCGUGCAGCAGGAAAUCCUACAACAACUACUAGAUGGCUUACUGAUGGUGAACGACCUAUAACAGAUUUUACUGAAGGUACUUCAACAUUAUAUCUAGCAGAUAUUACAGAACCUGCAAGAUAUAUUUGUGAAGCAAAUAAUAGUUUAGGAACUGUACAACAUCCUGUUAGAAUUCAAAUAAUCGAAGUUCCUCCACCGCCUAUCGAUUUAAUGUGUUUAGAAAAAGGGCCAACAUUUGCUUUUCUCCAGUGGUCACCAGCUAAACAAUCAGCUGAUAUUCAACAAACCACUACGACUACUACACGUACUGUUGAUUCAUAUACAGUAUUUUUAUAUGAAAUGGAGAAUGGACAAACAAUCACAAAUAAAAAACAAUUAACAGAUAUUCCAGCAAGACAAUUUCACCUACAUGGUGCAUUACAAUAUAAAUUAACUGAUUUAAAACCAUAUACAAUGUAUAUGGUAGAGGUUUGUGCCGUCAGUAAUCUAUUGGGAAUGUCUGACCCAAGUAAUAAAGUAACUUUCAUAACGAAAGAAUUGCCCCCUAGUUCGGCUCCAUAUUCUGUUGAAACAGUUACCAUAACAGAUGAUUCAGUUUUAGUGAGUUGGAAGCCACCAAAAGAAGCAAAUGGGAAAAUUAUUGGUUAUAAUGUUUUCUACAACAGAAAUCCACAAGCUCCAUUAGAUCACUGGCAAAAAGUUGGUACACAAUUUGAAAGUGUCAAACUAGAAAAAUUGUUCACAUCUGAAACCUAUCACAUUCGCGUGAGCGCCCAGAAUUCAGCUGGUGAUGGUCCUUUGACUGAUCCAUACGAAGUAUUAGUUAAGUUUGGAAUUCCUUCCCAACCUCGUGAAUUUACCGGUUUAAGCUUUAAUCCAAAAGAAAUACAUCUUAAUUGGAUAGCACCUAAUUUACCUGGAAAGAUUAGUUUACAAGAUUAUUUAUUGAAAUAUCGUAUAGCUGUUGACAUGAAUAUCGAUAAAAGUAAACAACAACAACCAAUGGAGGUCAAGUUGUCAGCUGAUUUAACUGAAUAUUUAAUGGAAAAUUUAAUUCCAAAUUCAACUUAUCACAUUUCUUUAGCUGCUCGUACAAAAUAUGGCACAGGGAUUGCAGCAGAAAUCAUGGUGCAAACUGAUAGUAAUGUUCCCGGACCACCCAUUCUACACGAACUAAGUAUUUUGGAUUCAUUCAGUAUACGUAUUCGUUGGUUGGCACCACAUGGAGUUUUAGAUCAUAUUAAUAUGUCACAAUAUCUAAGUCGAUUAAGUAAUACUUUGACAAGAACUGAAAAUCCAUCUAAAGUUUUACAUUAUUUAGUUCAAUGGUCAGCAUUUCCAUUUACAGAUUGGGAACAAAAAAAAAUAUCCAUUAAUUAUUUAUAUCCUAUGCAACAAAUUUAUGAAUAUAUUAUUCACGGCCUUUUAUCACGUACUACAUAUCGUAUUAGAAUAACUGCUGUUGGAUCAGAAGGAAUGGGUCCUGCACUUGAAUUAGGACCAAUUAAAACUAAAGGUCAAGUUCCUUCUGCUCCACGCAAUUUACGUUUAAAUCAACUACGAAGAGCUACUCCACCCGGUGCAAGUGAUCCAAAAGCAGAUUAUGCAAUAUUAGAACUAGCAUGGGAUCCACCGGAAAGAACACAUGGUGAUAUACGAGGUUAUCAAGUGUCACACCGCCUAAUUGGACCAAUCGAUGUAUUAUAUACUAGUUCGAAUAGAGUAGAUACAGACGCGAAUUCACGACCUCCAUCUAAACCGAUUAUAAGAAAUGUCACUCAAACAGCAUACACAUCAGUUUUGUCGGAUGGAAUAAAAUUUGGACGUACUUAUCAAUUUGAAGUGGCUGCCUACAAUGGAGUUGAUCUUGGUCUACCAGCUCAAUUAAAUAUUAGUACACCUGAAGAUGUACCUGGAAGUUAUUCACUACAUGUACGUGUUAAAGGACUUUCGGCAACUGCUAUAGAAGUUGCAUGGACUCCACCUUCAAGACAAAAAUGGACUGAAGAAAUUACUAGCUACCAGGUUAAAUAUUUUCAACCAAGUGCACCAAAUGAAACUGAAAUUAUCACAACAACACAAGAACCAUUAUUACAAAUUGAAAAUCUUAAAGAGAGUACAUUCUAUACUGUUUUAGUAAGAGCAUUAACUAAAAAUGGACCAGGACCAUGGUCAGCAGCUAGUACAAUUCGUACUACAGCUGAAUUACCAGAACCUCCGUCACAAAUUAAUGGUCUACGUAUAAAUCCAAGACAAAUAAAAGUUACAUGGAAUACAAUGCCUGUUGGGCCUAUCACGAAACCCCAAAUACCAAUAACUGGAUUUCGUAUAUUUUAUUCAACAAACGAAAAUACACAGGAUUUGAAUACAUGGCAAAUUUUGGAUGUUGGUCCGGUUACAAUGGCAACACUUGACUUAUUAGAUCCACAAAAGGAUUAUGUUAUAAGAAUAAAAUCAAGAGGAGCAGAUAGGAGGCAUGGAAGAUUAAGUGAACCUAUUCAUGUUGGGAUAUACAAUCCACAUGAAAUUAAUGGAGCUAAUAAGGAUAUUAAUAACUUAGCCAAUUCUGGACCGGAAGAUUUAAAACGAAUCAGUCAUUUAUCAUGUACAUGGGUUCAAACUUUAGAGACAGCUAAACCUGGUGAGGCAAGUCUUAAAAUUUCGUGGAGACGUCCUCGUCAACUUGAAGGUCUUUACCAAUUUGAAAUUCAGCUACUUGGAUCUAAAACAUAUGCUGAUGAACGAAGUCAUCCGCAUCGAAUUCUGUAUGAACCACGUUCAGUGGAAGUUACAACGUCAAUGCUAGAUCAAUCUUCUAGCUCCAGUAUGAACACAAAUGGUGGGUACAUGUCAUCUACCUCAGAUUAUCCUCAGUAUGAAUUAGUUAUCGAUGAACUGGAAGCGAAUACGGUUUAUGAUGUACAAAUUAAGCCUAUUUAUUCACAAAAUGAUCAAAGUGCGACUAUAGACAGUGCAACUCCAACAGGACGUACGAGUUGUCGAACACAAAUGCUUCCUCCACUUUUAGUUCCUCGACCGAUACCAGUUACAGUACAACCAGAGACAGGAAAAGUAACUAUGCGAGUAUUUCGUGUCUCUGAAAGUCUUGGUCGUAUAAGAAGAUAUUAUUUGAUUUUAUGUAAAGUUCUUACAACAGAUUCUUUAAAUUUAACUCCGAAAUCAAAAGAGUUUAAUUGGCCACAAAAACUUCAUGAUGCAUCACAAUCUUGGAAUCCAAAUAUAUUUAUUGCAGCUGAAUAUAGUCAAGAGGCAUUUGUUGGAUCAUAUGUUGAAAUUAUAUUAAAUAUGCCAACAACAGAAAUAAAGAAACGAUUUAAAAGAAAAACUUUUAAUAAGUCAAAUGGUGUUACUAAUCAAACUCAUCAAAUACAAAAUGAUAAAUUAAUACAUUCAGAGAAACUGAAUACUAAUUCAUUACCUGAAAUUUUAGUUUAUGGUAGGCAACUAAUAAGAAAUCAGAAAUAUAAAGCAUUUGUUUUAGCUUGCAUUUAUCCAAAUAUGCCACCAUUUGGUGGCAAUACAAAUACAAUUUCAACAGGUUCUACUACAUCAUUAGAUUCUUAUCUAUAUAAUCGUGAACAAUCAGUAGAAGAUGAAGAGAAUCUUUCUAAAGAACUAUGUACACCAAGUUUAUGGUCAAUACAUUUUCAACCAGAUCAAGCGAUCACAUAUACAGAUCAACAAAUUGGUGAUAUGCAUGCUAGUGAAUCAAUUAUAAAAGAGAAUAGUGAGACAAGUGCAAUGAAAAUAUCCAAUACAAAUUCUAAAAGUGAAUUCUUUCCUAAAUUUGCUAAUAGUGCAGAUAUUUUUACUAUAACAUUAAUUAUAAUCAUUGCAACUCUUAGUAUAAUUGCUACAAUAUGUACUGCUAUUGGAUGUUUAAUGAGAAGACGUCGAACUAAACCCAUAGAUAAUGAUAUGUCAAUCACCUUAACACCAUCAGAUGGAAUGUUAAAAACUCCAUUAAUGCCUCAAUCAGUUCAGAAUUUUUCAGGUACCAACGGAGCUAUUGAACAUGAACCAACGGAUCCGGAUACACCAGACAAUCCUACACCAGUACAUACACCUAUACGUUCAGCAAUACCAAUACUACGCUUACCAGAAUAUGUAGCUACACUUAAACGUGACAGUGGAGUAGGCAUAUCAGAAGAGUAUGAAAGUAUUGAAACUCCAAGUGACCUAACAUGGAAACAUGCUAAUAUGGAGGAGAACAGACCGAAAAAUCGUUAUGCCAAUAUCAUUGCAUAUGAUCAAUCACGUGUAGUUCUUAACGAGAUCAGUCGUAUACCAGGUUCUGAUUAUAUUAAUGCUAAUUUUAUAGACGGAUAUCAGAAGAAAAGUGCGUAUAUUGCAACUCAGGGUCCAUUGCCAGGUACAUUUUAUGAUUUUUGGCGAAUGGUAUGGGAGCAAAACAGUCGCGUAAUUGUAAUGAUGACACAUUUAGAAGAGAGAGCACGUAUUAAAUGUGAUCAAUAUUGGCCGAAUAGAGGAAAAGAAGUAUUCACUUUACAACAACAGCAACAAUGCCAACAACAAGAGUAUAACAGUAAAGUAAAUUAUGAUAUUAAUUACACCACAGUGCCUACGUACACUGUGAUUUUAAAAAGCACACAAGAAUUUGCUUACUACACAUUGCGUACAUUUAUUCUACAACGUAAUUAUGAAACUAAUCUACUGGAAACUGAUUCAGCUGCCUUCAAUCAACAUCAGAGUAUUAAUGAUUCUAAUAUGAAUAUUGAACAGCGAGAGAUUAAACAGUUUCAAUUCACAGCAUGGCCUGAUUAUGGUACACCAGAUUAUCCUCAACCAUUACUAUUGUUUAUACGACGUGUUAGUCAAGUACGUUCACAGUUAAUGCAUCAUCUACAACAAGAACGUUUAAUUAAUGAUGAGAAAGUUAAUUCAAGAGAAUUAAAAUUAUCACAAUCAAGUGAUAUUCAUAAUUCCAUGAAUUUAAACCUUUCCGAUGAAAUUGGACCUUUGAUUGUACAUUGCUCAGCUGGGGUUGGUCGUACAGGUGCAUUUAUCGUUAUCGAUUCUCAACUUGAACGACUUAAACACGAAAAUUCAGUUGAUAUAUUUGGUGCAGUGUGCAGAAUGCGUGCACAAAGAAAUUUUAUGGUACAAACAGAAGAACAAUAUGCAUUUCUCUACGAUGUAUUUAUUGAAGCAGCUGAAGUACAUGGUACUGAAGUUACAGCUCAUGGAUUAUAUAAUCAUGUUGUGAAAUUACGUCAACCUGUACCAACAUGUAUUUUAGCUGGUUAUAAUUUAUUACCAAAUGGUUUACAAGAUAAUAAUCAUUUGACAUCAUCUAUAAAAAUUUCAAGUUUAGAAUUAGAAUUUAAAAGAUUAAAUCGUAAUUUAAUAAAUAAACGUCAAAUAACUACAGCCCUGACAUAUGAUAACAAAACAAAAAACCGUGAUUUUGACAUACUCCCCUAUGAAUCUAAUCGUGUUUGUUUAUCAUUAAUCCGCGGAGUAAAUGGAUCAGAUUAUAUUAACGCUAGUUAUAUAGAUGGAUAUCGUAAGAGUCGGGCUUAUAUUGCAACACAAACACCUUUACCGCAUACAGUAGAUGAUUUUUGGAGAUUAAUUUGGGAAUGUAAUUCACCUAUAAUAGUUGCAUUUAGUGAUGCUCGAGAUAUGAAUUUAAUACCAACAGAUAAUAAUCAAUAUUGGCCAAGUGAUAGAUCGACAAGAUAUCAAAAUUUAAUGGUUGAACCUAUGGUUGAAUAUAAUAUGCCACAUUUUAUAUUACGUGAAUUUCGAUUAACUAAUACAACAGAUGGUCAAUCACGUACUUUAAGACAAUUUCAAUUGCAUGGAUGGCCACAUGAUAGUAUAGUACCUAAAUCUGCUGAAGCUAUUAUUGACUUAAUUGGACAAGUGCAUAAAACUCAAAUUCAAUUUGGACAAGACGGUCCUAUAACUGUGCAUUGCAAUACGGGAUCAGGAAGAACCGGUGUAUUUAUAUGUUUAAGUAUUUUAUUAGACAGAAUGAGAUCUGAAGGUAUGGUAGAUAUGUUUCUGAUUACACGAAUGUUACGUACACAACGAAUCAAUACCAUACAAACAUCUGAUCAAUAUGCAUUUUGUUAUGCAGCUACUCUUGAAUAUUUAGCUUCAUUCGAUCAUUAUAUGAGUUGA